AUCCUUUCAGCAGCAUCCGAGAAGUUUUCAGAAUUGCCUCUAAGAUGCUGUUUAAAACACUAGACAUCAAUAAUUAUCCUGUCACCUAGGAGUUUGUUCCACACUCAUAUGAUAUUAUCAUUGCGUCUAAUGCUCUACACGCGACCAAGAACAUCGAGAGGACAAUGCUUCAUGUCCGCUCAAUGCUUCGUCCCGGUGGCUACCUUUUUUUGGUUUUUGAGACUACAGGUGUACAAAACUUGAGCAACCCUUUCAGCGGUCUCCCUACGUGGUGGCCCGGUGAAGAGGCGGACCGACAGCUACGGCCCAUUGUAUCAACCCUACGCUAGGAGGAGAUCUUGAACAACACCGGCUUCUCAGGCCUUGACGUGGUUGUACAUGACUUAGCCAACGCAGAGAAACAUACAACGGCACUGAUGGUAAGUCAGGCCAUCGAUGAUCAAGUUUUGCGUCUUCGCGAGCCACUCAACAACAUUGCUACCGCCCCAGCUCCAGUCG